AUGGCUCCCGAAGAGAUUGCUCGGGGGUUUGGUGUUGCCGGUGCUUUGAUUGAGCGAGCCUUGAACAACGGGGCUGCUUUUGCGGCUGGUGCUGCUGCGGCAGCCACUAGCCAGCCACCAGCCCGCCGCCGCCGCCACACAGCCCGCUACCGCCAGCAACCAGCCAACCAGCACCAGCUAGCAGCCAACAACCAGCAGCCAGUAGCCAACAACCAGCUACCAGCAGCCGAAUACCAACAGCCAGCCCUUGGCUACCAGCCAGUCGCUCGAGCCGCCACCAUAGCCAGCAGCAAUGUCUUUAUGGCCGACUUCGACCAUACCGUGGCAGUCGAGGGCGCCGCCACUACUGCGGCUUGGGCUGCUGAGCAGCAGCAGCUUGCCGCUAGCCAGCUACUAGCCGCCAUCCAGCCUCCAGCCACUAGCCAACCAGCCAACCAGCAGCCAACAGCUGACCAGCCAGCCAGCCAGCCAGCCAGCCAGCAGCCAGCAGCCAACCAGCAGCAGCUAGAUAGCCAUCAGCCAGCAGCCCCAGCCAUAGCCAACAGCCAGCAGCUAGCCAAUGAGCCCAAUGAGUGGGCUGAAGAAGGUAUUAGUUAG